AUGUCUACCUUGCCGCAUUCGUCUCCAAAUCGUCCCAACGACCCACAUCAGUUCAGCCAUCCUCUGGGAUGGGACAGGCCCUACAGCAGUGGAGCACCAGCUGCCGCCGUCGCUGUACCUAUCUUCCGUGCAGCUAACACUGCUGCUGUUCCGAUGACACCGAUGCAUGGCCAUCGACAUGCCAACGGUGCACAUCUUCCCGACAGUCCCCCCGAUACCCCGCCGCAUUCGCCCGGCUUGCCUCCAGUCCGACUGCCCGUGAUACACGAUCCGCAAGUAUCGUCGCAGCUGCAGCGUCUCUCGCCCUCGAGGUACUCUGGUGUCCCGGAGCGAGUCCCGCGCAGCUGGGACCGCUCAUCGCCCGAUCAGACGCGCGACGCAGGCGCUACGCUCGACGCUAUCUAUACCGGUCAGACCCCUUGCGACAGCGAGCUGGAAAGCGAUGCUGGGUCCGACUUCUCGGACGACGCUUCCGAUGCGACGCUCGACCAGCUCACGCAGGCUGCGCAGUCGCUUCUUCUGCACGCCAAGUCUCAGCACCAUUCGAGGCCCGAGCAAACCCACGACCCGAGUCUAUCCGUCGCACACAGGAACACGCUUUCCGCCGAGCUCAUGCCCGCCACGCCCGAGAUCAGUCCCGACAAUGAUGUUCGUCAUCAUGCAAAGAAGUCCGCUCACUCCUUCUUGCACCGUAUCUUCGCCAACGUGCCUCGCAACCUUGCCGUCGAGGAUGCUGGUGUCGAACUUAUCAGCCAGGGUUGGAGCGGUGCUGUCAUCAGGUCUGGACCGACCACGUCGAGCCAAGCUUCCACUUCCUUCAGCUCGACCAGCAGCAGUGAUAGCUCGGCUGACACGCAGCGCACGCUCUACGUGAGCAUGCCACCCGUCGUCGAUGCCACGCAGUUGAGAGAGCAGGUGUUGGCAGUGCUCGAUGCCGCCAGCGAAAAGCUCGGUUGCGAUUCCGUCAUGGUGUGUCUCGAAAAGGCCAUGCACGAUUUUGCCUCGGUGCUCCACGGCCUCUGCUACGUUGGUGGCGCACUCGUUGCAGCUGCCAAGGAAGCAGGACAGCUUCCAGACGCCGGGGCUAGCCUGACAGAUGCGGAUCCCAUCUCAGGCCUGCAGCUCAAGACCAAUCUUGUGCUUGUCGCCAUCGAGCUCUGA